GUAGGCUUUUAAUCGGAGAUUAUAACAACCUUCCAUGUGAUACAGCCCCCUCCCCCGUGCGCAAUUGAUAUCAAGGUAAGUCCCAACGACCAAUUUCCCUACUCCUUUUGUUUCAUUCAUACUCCACCACUUCAUCUCAUCGUGCUAUCUCCCAAUGGCUUCCUCGGCCCCUCCCUCUACCCCCAAAGCUGCAACAGCUGCAUCUACAGUCGUACCAGUCCCCGACCAAAGCCAGACGCCCGGGAAAUGGCGUCACCCUCACUUGGAUGAGGUGGUUCGUCGACAGAAUGCUGGGACAUUUGGAGAUCGCAACAUCAACAAGCUAGUGUGGAAUGGCGCCGCUUUGUUCGCUACCUGUGUGUUUGGGGAUAUUAUCAGGUCAUAUUGUCUUUGGCUUCAACAUAUCACCCAAUACUCUACCUAUCCUGACCUUUCCCUCCUCGUGUUGCGCUUGAUCUUUGUUCUCAACAUCCUCGUUGCGCUGUAUCCUCUAUUUGGACCGAAGGACGACCUUUCCGACAUCCCUCUGACCCCCACCCAACGCUCGCUUCUCGGGCUGGACCCCACUGCUACACCGCCAUUGACUCCCGGUACAAGCUAUGUUACUCCGCCUAAAUACCGUCUUUCUACAUCUCGUGGUGCGAGCCCAGCGAGUAGAUCUGGAUCCCCGCUGUCGGCAAGUGCUGGCGCCUCCGGUCGCAGAGUAUCCUCGGGACCUGCCUUCUCCCCUUCACCUAGUCCGCUGUUCCAGAAAUUGGUCAACAGCAGCGGGAAAGAAAGCGGACGGAGACCGAGCUUCGGAUCUUCAUCGCCGCUCGGUCGGAGCACAUCAUUCUCGCCUUACAGAGAUUCGACCACGACCUUCAAGGAUUCUACCGCGUCCUUUAAAGACUCUACUGCGUCCUUUAGAGACUCUACUGCGUCCUUUAGAGACUCUACUGCGUCCUUCAAAGAAUCGACCAUGUCAACCAUGUCAUCUAUGUCGUUGUCAACCAUGUCGAGCCUUGGACCCGCGAGUCCAUCCCCUGUAGGGGGUAAGCGUGCGAAUUUAGGUUUGAGCAACAAGUGGUUGUACGAGAGAAGUCGGCGACUGUCGGCAAGCAAUAGCAGUUAUUAAGGCCGAUGUUGAUGGCGGAUGCGGCAGUGGGUGGAGGUGAAGCAGCCAGGGGAGGUGAUGUAAACUUAUGAAUUUCCCUUUCUUAUCUCUUUGUUCGCUAUUACUAGCGGGGUGCAUCCGGAUCUUUAGACUCCGUUAUCAGCUUAGGGAUGCUGCAUUUUGUAUGUUAGAUUCAAGUCCUCUUUCGUUUAGAAGAGCGAUCGCAAAUUUUC